AUGACCUUCAACAAUCAAACUACUGCUACAGUGAUAGGUUUCAUUGGCAUCUAUUUGUAUUUUGGUGGUAGAUUUUCUAUUGCCUUGGUAUUAUUUUUCAGUUAUGGGAUUCUUUACACUGAAAAUAAGAAACUUGAAAAUGCUGAUAAUAAGAUAAAACCAGCACAAGAGCCAUUAAAGACAGAGAAGAAGAAACAUGUAUGUAUGUGUGGUAAAAAUGGUGGUGGAUGCGGUGGUAAAUCGAAAUCUGAUACUAAAAAAAAAGGUUGUUGUGGUGGUAAAGGUGGUUGUGGAGGCCUUAAACAUGGCCACAACCAUACACAUAGUGAUAGUUGUGCACGCUCUGAGAAGAAUGAUGAAAACCACUCUAAUACUAAUUCCACACAACAGAAUCCAAAGGAUGUGGAUGAAUUGGCCGUUGAUUUCACAGGUGCUUUCAAUACAGCAGAGAAUUCUCACAAACCGUUAAAAAAAUUACCAAAGAUAGUACCAAAAAGAAUACCAAAACGUUUUAGUGCAGAAAAGAAAAAAAAAUCGCCAACUGAAAAGUCUGAUAGAUUAAUUAAAAGUGCAUUAACUGUUUCCAAUGAAAAAUUAUUGAAGUCGGAUAUUUACAUUUUUUAUAGUUCUUUACAAGGUGCUACUGAAAAGGCUGCUCGAAUUGUUGAAAAUGAACUAAUGAAAGUCACAGAAUUAGAAAAAAAACCAAUCCUAAUGAAUUUGGAUGAGUUAGAUAAUAUUGAUGAUUAUUUUGUAGACGUUCCAACUGAAAAUUCUUUAUAUGUGAUAGUUUUGCCAUCCUAUGAUGUGGAUUGUCCAUUAGAUUAUUUCUUACAAACAUUAGAGGAGAACUUUUAUGAUCAAAGAUUAGAUGCCUACCCAUUACGUAAGUUAGUUGGUUACACAGUAUUGGGAUUAGGUGAUUCUGAAUCAUGGCCAGAAAAAUUCUGUUAUCAAGCCAAGAAGGUAGACCAAUUCGUAGCCAAAUUAGGUGGCAGAAGAGUUUUUCCUGUUGGUAAAAUAUGUAUGAAGACAAGCGGUAAUGAAGAAAUUAAAAGUUGGGCAAAUUUAUUUGGUGAAAUGUUAAAAGAAGACGAACCAAUAUUGUACGAAUAUGAUGAGACAGUUUCAGAUGCAUAUGAUGAGUCCCCUGAUGGAGAGUCAAAUAGUGAUAAUAAUGACAAUGAGCAAUUGGCCGAUGUAGAAGAUCUUGCAGGUUCCGAUUCAAAUAAAUGCUCAAAGAAUAGUUAUGAGAUUAAACAAAUGGUUGCAAAGAAUAGUCCAACGUAUAAAAAUUUAACAAAACAAGGUUAUAAAAUUAUUGGAUCUCAUUCUGGUGUCAAAAUUUGUAGAUGGACCAAGAAUGAAUUGAGAGGUAGAGGUUCCUGCUAUAAGAAGUCUCUUUUCAAUAUUUCGUCAAGCAGAUGUAUGGAAUUGACACCCUCCUUAGCCUGCUCUUCCAAAUGUGUCUUUUGUUGGAGACAUGGAACUAACCCAGUUUCCAAGAAUUGGAGAUGGGAAAUAGAUGAACCAGAAGAUAUACUGGAGAGUGCAUUAAAUGCACAUUAUUCUAUGAUUAAACAAAUGAGGGGUGUUCCUGGAGUCAUGGCCGAUAGAUUUGCUAAUGCUUUUAAAGUAGCACAUUGUGCUUUGUCUCUUGUUGGUGAACCAAUCCUUUACCCACAUAUUAACAAAUUUAUUGAGCUAUUACAUGAAAAGGAAAUUUCUUCGUUCCUUGUUUGUAAUGCACAACACCCAGAGGCACUAAGAAACAUAGGUAAAGUGACCCAAUUAUAUGUAUCUAUCGAUGCACCAACUAAACAAGAAUUAAAAAAAGUAGAUAGACCAUUGUAUAAAGACUUCUGGGAAAGGAUGAUCGAAUGUUUAGAUAUUAUCAAGACUGUUCAAUCUCAUCAAAGAACUGUUUUCAGAUUAACUUUGGUGAAAGGUUUUAAUAUGGGUGAUAUAAGCUCCUACUCUGAUUUAGUAGAGCGUGGAUUACCAUGUUUCAUUGAAGUGAAAGGCGCUACAUUCAGUGGUGCAUCCAAAAAUGAUGUUAAUAGUUUGACCAUGCAAAAUAUUCCAUAUAAUGAAGAAUGUAAAAAAUUUGUAGAAGAUUUUGUGGCUGAAUUGCAGAGACGUAGAUUACCAUAUGAACUAGCUGCGGAACACGCACAUUCUAAUUGCAUUCUGAUUGCCAAUAGCAGAUUUAAGAUUAAUGGUGAAUGGCAUACACAUAUUGCAUUUGAUAAAUUUUUUGAGUUAUUAAAGAAAAGUGAUGAUUUCACGUAUAUGGAUUACUUAGAGAAGACUCCUGAAUGGGCAUUGUAUGGUAACGGUGGGUUUGCACCUGGUAACGAACGGGUCAUUAGAAAGGAAGAAAAAUUGAAAAAGAAAUUACUGAAGGAACAACAAGGAUCUCUCAAAAGUCAAGAAACUCACUAG